AUCUUCUAAACCUCUCCACUACUUUUUACUUAACUUUUUUUUUCUUCCAAGUUUAUUGUUUAUUCUCAGUUACAUUCACUUUAGACACACAAUCCACCAACAUAAAUAGGCAGUGAUAUAAGUUAAUAUCAUAGAAAACAAUCAGAAAAUAAUUCAGAAGAGAAAACACAACAAAAAAAAGAAAGAAAAAGAAAGAAAGAAGAAGAGAUGAGUGAGCUUCUCUACUCUCUCCCCACUUGGGAUAUCCAUAACCUUGGAUCACUCUUCAAGCCCGAUUUUAAUCUUGAUACAUGUGGUUUCAUGAAUAGAUCGCCGGAACAUAUUUUCGGAUCACCGGAGAUUGAUUACUCCGACGUCUCCACAGGUUACCUCGAAGACGCACUUAUCGAGUCCGGUGAGAGAAGCAAAAGGAGACGUCUCUUGUUCGAGGAUCCGUCCAAAUCUUUUAACGAUGAUGAUUCGCAGAACGAUUGGGGCCUGCAUGAGAGUUAUAGCUGUUUGAAUAGUCAGUUUGUCACUCCACAUGUUAACACAGGUGAACGUAUAAGUGGAGUCAGUUACUGUCAGGAGACGAUAUCGAAUGUUUACGAGUCUCCCGACACUUCUGUCUCUUAUGACAAAAUUUAUGUUCGAGAAAAAUCUCCAACCGAACCAUCCUCAUCCAACUGUGGUAAUAAGAACAAAAGACUAAUCACGAAACUAGUGUACCCAUUUGGAUUGGUGAAACCAGGUGGUCGAGAAAAUGAUGUAACCCUAAAUGAUAUCAACGAGAGAAUUUUGAUGGCUCCAUCUCGACCGAUUCGACAUCCGGUAGGAGACUUUGCCUCUCGACCAUGUGUCUCUGGCCGUGGACCGGGCCUCUCCGGAAAAGCUGUGGUGGCUCUUACUAAGAUCCAAACACAAGGGAGGGGUACAAUUACUAUAAUCAGAACUAAGGGGUAAACUGUGUUAUAUUGGUAAUUAGUUGGGGCUGUUAUAUAUGUGUAACAUAAAUGAGGUUUUAGAAAGCUAAAGUGAUCAUUGGCUAUGAGAGAAACUUUCAACUUUUGUAUAGAAAAAUCAGGCGAGGUAAAUUUUGAAGAUCAAUGUUGUACAAUAUCCGGUGGAUCAUUCUAAUGAGAAUUGUUUUAUUAUCUUCUUUUGAA